AUUUCCCUUUUCUUUAGACUGAAGAUCUUAUAGGCAGAGGCUGUCCUCCAACUGUGGAGUUCAACUAUGUCUUUUCUCAGGACUGUUUUAAACGACUCUGUCAUCAUUCAUCCUCCAGGCUUUUAUAUUGUCGGAUUUCAGAUAUAUCCCUUCAUCAGCAUCUACUUCAUCUUUCUAGCAUUUGUUUAUGCAGUUACAGUGAUGUUCAACAGUUUGGUUAUCUAUGUUAUUGCCUUUAAUCACAGUUUACACACUCCAAAAUUUCUGGCUGUGGUCAACCUCGCAGUAAUUGAUGUAGUCCUAAGUUCAUGCAUCAUUCCCAGCAUGAUUAAGAUAUUCCUCGUUAAGGACAAUUUUAUUCCAUUCAACUUGUGUUUGGGGCAAAUGUUUUUCUACUAUGCCUUUGUAACUCUGGAGUCAUUAGCACUCGCUAUACUUGCUUAUGACCGGUUAAUUGCAAUAUGUUUCCCUUUGCGUCAGAACUUAAUCAACACACCGCGGAGCAUGUCUUGCAUUGUUGGUGUGACUUGGUCUUUUGCUCUGGGAAUAACAAUAUUUUCAACAAGUAUAAUGACUCGACUGUCAUUUUGCAAUUCUGUCAUUGUGUUCAGCUAUUUCUGUGACUAUGCACCUACAUUUAGACUGGCCUGUAAUGACAACACAAUGCAGUGGGCUACGGCCUCUUUUUUCACUGUUUUGGUCCUAGUAGGACCCUUUGCCUUUAUUCUUAUGUCUUAUUUCAGCAUCCUGGUCACCGUGCUCAGAAUGAAAUCUUUAGACAGUCGGGUAAAGGCUUUGGCCACUUGUGUUGAGCAUAUCAUCCUUGUUGCUGUAUUUUACAUUCCUCUCAUUACCAUUUUUACCAUUGGGUUUUAUCUGCGAGUCAUUGAGGCAAACCAGCGUGUGCUGAGCCUGUCGCUGGCCUCUUGCAUCCCACCCUGUGUCAAUCCUAUUGUUUAUUCUUUGAAGACUAAAGAGAUCAAAAUCAGAGCCCUGACACUGGUAAGAAAAAAUACAUUUUGCAAGCAACAAACUGACCCUUUGAAGGUUAAUAAAACACAACAGUAA